ACCAACUGUCAUUGGGGCAUUGGUGCAGUGUCUUGCAUUUCACCGACAGACAUGCUGACUAGACUGAACAGGAUUCUUGGGAGACAGGAUGGUGAGCACAGGGAGAUCAGAGAGAGGCAGAAGGAAGAUGGCCUUCAGUCUCCAUGUCACACAUCAAGAAACAAAUGGUUCUGGGGAAAGCACACACCCUCUACAGUCAGCACCUGAGUGAACAGACUCAGCUGAAGGAAAAAGUGAGAAUGUUGCUAGAGGACAAGAAAAAGCUGCAGGGGGAGCAGAUUUUACUACAAGAGUCCUGUGAGGAGGCAAAGAGGCUCUGUGAAGAGGCCCAUGAGAAGAUCUAUGACCUCUGGACAAGGCAGCUGCAGGAACAUCAAAGACUUGAGGAAAAUCUUCAGUCCCUGAUGAAGCAGAAGGAGCUGCUCACCAGGCAAAGGGACUUGGCAGUAAAGCUGCAGCAUCACUUCACUGUGUCCCAGAUGAGGUUUGAAAACCUCCAGCAGGAACUGGAGCAGACCACAGCCCAGGAAGAGAGCCUCCUGCAGAUGGAGCUGCUGGGGCAGAAACACUAUGUUCCAGCACCUCUUCAGAAAACUGAGAAGGCUGGAAGAAGCCAGAGACACCUUGAAGGCAUGACAUUCUACACUCCAGGUUCACGGCCUCCUCAGAAAAUGCCACCUCUUUUCAGCUGUGAACUCACUAGUGAGGCAAAUAUCAACCAACCAUCAGGCCAUCCAGCCACAAUCUGAUCUACAUCCAUUGACUCACUAUUCCCAGACAAAAGAUUGUAUCAGAAAUAGUCUGAGAUUCAGAGUACAUAUCACAAAUUACUAAGAACCCUGAUAUCCAUCAGCAUGUGGCCCCAGUGAGGGGCAAAACAACAUGGAAGAGGACAUGUGGGUGAGCAAGAGUUCUUCUGUGACUUACUAUCAAGGGCUUUGACAAGCUGACUCCAUAUGUGAUGGAAAUCUGACAAGGAAGACUGUGUUAACAUCACACUGCCAUCCAGACAGACCACACCCAAAGCAUAAGAUUCUCUCUAGUGCAGUGCUGAAGCUGACGCCAUGUCAUGUGCAAGUGUUGCUGAAGAUAAUUCACUGCAGAGAAUAAGCCAGAUCCUCACCUCAUUUGCUCUUCCAUAAUGAAAUUCCAAAGGAUCCUGAAAUUUGCUUAAUUUUCUUGUUAUAUGUUGGGAUAUUUAUGCUUUGGAUUUUGGUUUUCUUCAUUUUGGUUUAAGGUUUUGUUAAUUGUUGUUAUUUCUUUUAUUCUUGUCACUGUUUUAAUAGUUUGCUAAGGCUAUACAUUGUAUAUAAGGACUGCUGUUUUGAAUGCCCCCAUUGAGUAAAAUGAAUGUAUUUUUAUGAAUAAAAUCCAAUUUCAAAUUUCA